UGAUAGUUUGAAGGAGAGCUAAUUCAUAACUGAUAUCAUUAGCUCCGUCCCUCUUUCUGCUACUCUCUCUUCCUCUUUCUCCCUCUGCGAUUCUUCCUCCUCCUCUGAUUUCGUGCAUCAUCAACACGGUUCUCUCUGUCACUCUUCGUUUUCGUCGUAUUUCAGUUAUACAUUAGGAAUUUCCCAACAAAUUUACCCCGAGACCCCUAACUGCAUAAUUGCAAGGUGGCAGCACUGCAUUAUCAAUAAACAUACUGCCGGCAACUUCAAAGAAGACGGAGACAAAGACGAUGAUUCUUCGACGACAGGGGAAACGACCGUUACAGCUGAAUUGUACAAAAAAUGAGUGAGUCUGGAAUUCAAUUGCUUAUUUCUAUUGAAUUUACUAUCUUGGUUUUUGCAUUUGUUCGUAUUCUUCGCUAAAAUGUCGGUGGUUUCGCUGCUUGAUUUGGGUUGUGAGAAGAAUAUCUUAUCUCAUCAAGAGGAUAUUCAUCCAGUAGUGGUUUACGACGAUCCUUCAGAUCAGAGAUCAUUAUCACUAGAUGAUAUAAGUAGCGCUGAUGAUUUGCCUAAUGAAACUGGCCUUUCUUUAGAACUUACAAAUGAGGUUGUUCCUUAUAUUGGCCAGAGAUUUACUUCACAUGAUUCUGCUUAUGAAUUUUAUAGUGAAUUUGCUAAGAGAUGUGGGUUUUCAAUUCGUCGUCAUCGAACUGAAGGAAAGGAUGGUGUUGGGAAAGGUUUAACUAGACGGUACUUUGUUUGCCACCGUGCUGGCAAUAGCCCGGUCAAAGUUGCUAAUGAGAAUAAGCCCCAAAGAAAUAGGAAAUCUUCACGUUGUGGGUGUCAAGCAUACUUGAGGAUUAGCAAGACAACUGAAUUGGGUAUUUCUGAAUGGCGUGUAACUGGUUUUGUUGAUCACCAUAAUCACGAAUUGUUGGAACCUAAUCAGGUUCGUUUCUUGCCUGCUUACCGGAAUAUAUCAGAAAAUGAUAAAAGCCGAAUUUUUAUGUAUGCCAAGACGGGAAUUUCUGUGCAGCAGAUGAUGAAGCUGUUGGAGCUAGAAAAAUGUGUAGAACCUGGGUACCUUCCAUUUACGGAGAAGGAUGUUCGGAACUUAAUUCAGUCAUUUAGGAAAUUGGAUCCAGAAGAGGACAGUAUGGACCUCCUGAAAAUGUGCAGUAACAUUAAGGAAAAGGAUCGUAGUUUUAGAUUUGAGUACACUUUGGAUUUGAACAACAAUCUAGAGAAUAUUGCGUGGUCUUAUGCUUCAUCAGUUGAAGCAUAUGAGAUGUUUGGUGAUGCAGUUGUCUUCGAUACUACACAUCGAUUGACUGCUUUUGAUAUGCCCCUUGGAAUAUGGAUUGGAGUAAAUAAUUAUGGAAUGCCUUGUUUCUUUAGCUGUGUACUUUUGCGUGAGGAAAAUUUGAGCUCAUUAUCAUGGGCUUUAAAGGUAUUUCUAGACUUCAUGAAUGGAAAGGCUCCACAAACAAUAUUGACUGAUCAAAAUAUGUGCCUGAAAGAAGCAGUGACAGCGGAGAUGCCUACUACUAAACAUGCGUUGUGCAUAUGGCUCAUUGUAGCAAAGUUUCCCUCCUGGUUUAAUUCUGUCCUUGGGGAAAGAUACAAUGAGUGGAAGGAAGAGUUCUAUCGACUCUAUAACUUAGAGUCCAUUGAUGAGUUUGAGUUGGGUUGGAGGGAUAUGAUUUAUUCUUUUGGUUUACACUCUAACAGACAUAUUGCCAAUUUGUUUGCCUUGAGGUCACUUUGGGCCGUAUCAUACUUAAGAAGCCAUUUCAUGGCUGGAUUGACUAAUACCGGCCAAUCGAAGUCAAUUAAUGCUUUUAUCCAACGUUUUCUUAGCGCACAAACUCGGCUUCCUCAUUUUGUGGAACAAGUUGCUGUAGCAGUUGAUUUUAAAGAUCAGGCCGGUGAGCAACGAACAAUGCAACAGAAUUUACAAAAUAUUAACCUGAAAACUGGAGCACCAAUGGAAGCCCAUGCUGCCUCAGUCCUCACACCCUUUGCAUUCACCAAGCUUCAGGAGCAACUUGUUUUGGCUGCCCACUAUGCUUCUUUCCAAAUUGAAGAUGGUUUUCUUGUACGACAUCACACUAAACUCCAAGGAGGUCGGAAAGUGUACUGGGACCUACAACUAGGUAUCAUUAGUUGUAGCUGUGAUCUGUUUAAAUUCUCGGGUAUCCUAUGUCGGCAUGCCCUUCGUGUUCUUUCCACUGGAAAUUGCUUUCAGAUCCUUGAAAGAUAUCUUCCACAGAGAUGGCGACGAUUCAAUUCAUCUGCCUUUAAGCUUCAGAGCACCCCUACUGACCAUGGAGAAAAAGUUAUACGGUUGCAGAGCAUGGUAUCUACCUUGGUUUCAGAGUCUUCCAAGUCAAUGGAGCGCUUAGAUUUGGCAACUGAGCAAGUAUCUAUCCUUUUGUCACGGAUCAAGGAGCAGCCAAUUUCAACCUCAUUCGUCUCAAGAGAUGCUACUGUGCAUAGGAGUUUUUAGUUUAACCUGUACGAUAUGGAUUUCAUUUUUUUCCAUGUUGUUGAACACAAUAAGGAUUCAGUUGUUUAAAGGCAAGAACCGAAGGAUUUAUGUCUUCGUCAAGUGCAAUUACUUGAUAUAUAAUGGAUCGAAUUAUGGAGAUAA